GCUUGUGGUGCGCGCAGGAGCGCUGUGGGCGAGCAGGGGCCAUCCCGCGCCGGUGCUGCGUGCGGGGCCGUGGCCCUUGUGUGCGGCUCGUGUGCGGCCCCGCCGGGCCCUUGUUCCGCCGAUGGCGGCCGGGCUGGGGCCGUGGCUGCUGGGCUUGGGCUUGGCCUUGGGGCCGGCAGGCGUGUGGGCUCCGUGGACGCUGGUGGAGUCCGGCGGAGGGCAGCGAGCGCCCGGGGACUCCGUGCUCCUCUCCUGCCGAGGACACGGCUUCGAAUUCGGGAGAUACGAAGUGAGGUGGUACCGUCAGGCACUCGGCGGCAGGCUGGAGUGGGUGUCCCUUAUCUACCCUGAGUCAUCAGAGAUUCGAUACGGACGGGCAGUGGAUGGUCGAGCCACGGUGUCCCAGGACGAUUCCCGGUCUGAGACAUCUCUGUCUCUAAGUGCCCUGAGCCCACAGGACUCUGCCCGCUACUUCUGUGCUGCUCGUGUCAGCGUGCUGACAGAUAAGCUCGUCUUUGGCAGCGGGACGACUCUCACCGUUGAACCAAGCAAUAGAAACCACUCUGAGCCUCAAGUGGUUGUGCUGAAGUCAAAGCAACUGGAAGGAGAUGGCAACAGUGGGAAAGCAGCUUGUUUGGCAAGGAAGUUCCACACCAAGAACAUCACCUUGGAGGUGUCCUCUAGUGAAGUCAUAUACCAGCCAACUACACCCAUCCUGUCACCAGAAGGGUUGUAUGACACUGUUAAGGUGGUCAAUGUGACAAAAGGCACAGAGGUGUCCUGCACAGCCAAAUAUGAUGGCAGAGAUGUUACAGCCAAUGAGACACCACCAGAAAAGGAGGCUGGAGAAUCAGCACCAGAGGACGUGUGUGACACCACAGACACCUCUGCACAAGAUGCUGAAGGGGAGAAAACCAACAUGUUGUCUGUGGCUGUGUUGGGCUUGAGAGUCCUGCUGGCAAAAAGUAUUGCCUUCAAUGCACUCAUGAGCAUCAAGCUGCUUCUCUUCUGAGCUGGUGGAAGCAAGGCAGCAGCACCCUGAGGAGCAGCUGGAGAGAGCUUGUCCCAACGGGUCAAACAGCCAAAUCUGCUGACAACAACCAUCCAGAAGGCAACACAGCACCCUCCCCUCCAGACAUUCCAUACUGCUGAGUCCUGCCUGCCUAGCUGGUUGGAUUUUAAGCUGCUUUUGCUGUUUCUUUUCCUCUGUCAACUGAGGAGACUGUGUUUGUCCUCAUUGCCCUGCUAAGUGCAAGUUGAUCCCCUCCACUGCUCUUGCCUCUGCAUAGAAGCAUCCAGCCUGCUUCAAUAGCUUUGCAAAGCCCAGUCCUCAUGGACAUAUGACCCUUUUAAACCAGCAUUUACAGGCAUGUUACUGCUGUAUUACUGCUGGGAGAAUCCAGGCAGAGCAGAUGCUCUUUAUAGCUUUAAUGUUUCUUAGCUAUAUGAACACCAACAGUUUCCUAGUGUGGAUGAGAAGACCUGUGCUGGAUGUGAAGUGAUUCAGCCAGUGUUGAGCCAUGGAAGUGUUUAUUAAACCUGCCAUCUCUUCUGCCCAAUGGACACAGCAUUUUAGUUUAGUGACCAAAAUAAAGCUUUGCUAAGCCUUAA